AUGUGCAAAUCACCAAUCCACGGCUUCCUGAAGGCGCUGCCAAAGUGCGAACAUCAUAUGCACUUGGAGGGCUCGUUGUCGCCAGAGCUGCUCUUCUCUCUGGCCAAGCAGAACGCCAUCGCUCUGCCCCAGGAUGACACUGCGUUCCAAUCCGUGGAGGCGCUGUAUGCCCGAUAUGACCGGUUCACGUCACUGGACGACUUUUUGGCCUAUUACUACAUUGGCUUCAGCGUCCUGAUCAACGCGGCCGACUUUGAGGCCUUGGCGUUUGCGUAUUUCACAAAGGCUCACAGCCAGGGCGUGCGGCACGCCGAGGUGUUCUUCGACCCGCAGGUGCACUUGGCAAGGGGCAUCGCGUACACGACGGUCGUUGACGGAUUCGUCGCGGCGCAGAAGAAGGCUGAGGCCGAGUUCGGACUGACGAGCUUGCUCAUCCCGUGCCUGCUGCGCCAUCUGCCCGUGCCGGACUCCCUGGCUACCUUUAAGACUAUUCAAGAGCAUGGCCACUUCCUGGACGGGACGCUGGCUGGCUUGGGGCUCUGCUCGACGGAAAUCGAGAAGCCGCCUGUGAUGUGGAAGGAGAUCUUUGAUCUUGCGAAGGAGGCGGGCAUUCGACGGACAGCCCACGCUGGCGAGGAAGGGCCGGCCGGUUAUGUCACCGGAGCCCUGGACGACCUCGCCGCGAUGCGCAUCGACCAUGGUGUCAACAGUCGGCACAGCGAGGAGGUUAUGGAGAGGCUAGCUCGUGAGAAGGUCAUGUUGAGUGUGUGCCCUAUCUCAAACGUCGUGCUGAAGGGUGCACCGGCCGUGAAGGAUGUCCCCAUCCGCACAUUCCUAGACAAGGGCGUUCGGUUCAGCAUUAACAGUGACGACCCGGCGUACUUUGGUGGAUAUAUCUUGGAGAACUACUGCGCGGUGCAUGAUGCGUUCGACUUGAGCAUCGAGGAAUGGGAGCGUGUCGCGACACACGCCGUUGAGGGCAGCUGGUGUGCCGCGGAAAGGAAAGCGACCAUCUUGGCCGAGAUCAAGGAUGUCGUCGGGGAGUGGAAGGGCAAGUUGUCUGCAUGA